GUAAACGUGUGUGACGUCUGCAGUGCGCGCAGACGUCAUUGGAACCUGCGUAGACCGAAAGCGUAGGCCAAGUUGAGCGCCCCGGCAUGGCGGGUACCGGUCUGGUGGCCGGGGAGGUGGUGGUGGACGCGCUGCCCUAUUUUGACCAAGGCUAUGAGGCGCCCGGUGUGCGGGAAGCGGCUGCAGCCCUGGUGGAGGAGGAAACCCGCAGAUACCGACCCACCAAAAACUACCUGAGCUACCUCUCGGCGCCGGACUAUUCUGCCUUUGAAACUGACAUAAUGAGAAAUGAAUUCGAAAGGCUGGCUGCUCGACAACCCAUUGAACUGCUCAGUAUGAAACGAUAUGAGCUUCCAGCCCCAUCCUCGGGUCAGAAAAAUGACAUUACUGCGUGGCAAGACUGUGUAAACAAUUCUAUGGCCCAGUUAGAGCACCAGGCAGUUCGGAUUGAGAAUCUGGAACUAAUGUCACAGCAUGGAUGUAAUGCCUGGAAAGUGUAUAAUGAAAAUCUAGUUCAUAUGAUUGAACAUGCACAGAAAGAGCUUCAGAAGUUAAGGAAACACAUUCAGGAUUUAAACUGGCAGCGAAAGAACAUGCAACUCACAGCUGGAUCCAAAUUAAGAGAAAUGGAGUCCAAUUGGGUAUCCCUGGUCAGUAAGAAUUAUGAAAUUGAACGGACUAUUGUGCAACUAGAAAAUGAAAUCUAUCAAAUUAAGCAACAACAUGGAGAGGCAAACAAAGAAAACAUCCGGCAAGACUUCUGAAAAGACUAAUUUGGUGGGCAGAAAGGGAAAAAGCUGGACUUUCAUAAAAUGUCAGGCAUCUGAACUUUCUCUGAACUAUGAAGAAAACUACCUGUCACAGAAACUAUUCAUGAUGAUUAAAAAUUUCAGAAACCA